AUGCCUCCAACAAGACAUACUCGUGCCAACAGCAACCCUGAAGGCACCCACAAUACCAAUAAUAACAAUGACAACCAGAAUGUCAACACAGGCACAGCAGUUCAUCCCCCAGAGUUUAAGGGCUCAGCAGAUCCCAUUGCAGCCCAAACAUGGUUAAAAGAAAUGGAAAAGUGUUUUGAGUUAGUUCCAGUAAGUGUAGAACAGAAAACAAAGUUUGCCAGUCAUUACUUAAAGAAUGAAGCGACGUAUUGGUGGGAAUCUGUUAAGAAUAUGGAAGGUAUGGUUGAAAUUACUUGGGAAAGGUUUAAAGAAUUGUUUCUAGAGAAGUAUUUUCCUAGGUUUCUUCAGGAUCAGAUGGAAUUGAACUUUUUAGAGUUGAAACAAGGAAAUAUGUCUGUGGUGGAGUAUGAGAAUAAGUUUGCGGAAUUGGCCAGGUUUAUGCCAACUUAUGUAGAGACAGAUAGGCAGAAAGCAAAGAGGUUCCAGCAAGGUCUGAAGCCUUGGAUUAGAAGCAAGUUAGCUAUUUUGCAAUUGGAUACUUAUGCGGCAGUUGUUGAGAAAGCGAUGAUUGCGGAGACAGAAAAUGAGUUGUUCCAGAAGUCUAAGGAGAAUAAGAAGAGAAAGCCAGACAAUAGAGAAGGACUAUCUUAUCAAGGGAGAUUCCAGAAGAAAGGGAAAUUUCAAGCAGGACGAAAUCCUAACUUUAAAAAGCAGAACAUAGGCAGUAGUGGUCAAGGUGGAUGUUUCAUUAUGGGGAAUCAGGCCAAUCAGUAG